UUAUCCGACUCUCUGCGGCCCCACGCUCUCACAGCGACUCCGACCUCUCAGCAGCAUCCAAGGGUAAGAAACGGCAGCGACUGAAUCUGCUUUCUGGGCCGAACCUGCAGACGGAGAGUUAUGACUUAUGAACCAGGACGGCGGAGAUCAGAGGAUUGUUUCUGUGCUGCUGCUUGUCUUUGUUUGACAUCUGCCACCAUGCGUGCUGCUCUGUGCUGCUGCGUCUUCCUCCUCUGCCUCGUCUUCCCCGCCGAGGCCAAGCGGACGCCUGGUCAGGACAAACGGGACAAACCUCGCCAGCCCCAGCCGUCGCCGCCACCGGCCCGGCGGUCCAGGAACCGCUCGGUGCUGAGCUCCGGGGAGCUCAGCACCAAGCAGGGCCAUCGCUGCACCUGGCAAACAUCUGGUGAAGGUCUGGUGAGCCUGCUGGUGAACUGCUCCACAGAAACCGCAGGAGACACAGAGAGGUACUGGUGUCGUUAUGCUGGGAAACCCGACCUCUGCCAGGCCUACAGCGUGAAGUCCAGCCAGUACUGGAAGCAGCUGGUGGGAAAGCUGAAGAAACGGGAGAACGCCUGCGAAGGAGAGAAAGUGUUAAAGGCCAAAACCUGCAAAAAGGCGCCUGGCGAGGCCCACAUGAAGCUGGCUCAGCGCAGCGGGGAGGAGGACAAGAACGGCGCCAAGGAGGGAGGGAAGAAGAAAGGAGAGGCCGGAGCGAAGAGCGCCGAUGGAGGCAAGGUGGAGAAGAGAAAGAAGAAGAUGAAGGAGGAUGAGGAGGAGAAAAAGAAACGGGAGGAGAGGACUGAGUUUGACGACGAAGGAAUGGUGAACGACAUGGAGCCGGUGCAGACGUACUGCAGCGACGGCUGGCACUCCGUCUGCUCCUUCUUUGUCAAGUUUUUUGAGGGCUGAUUAAAAAAAAUUAGAGAAUUUUUUUUUUUUUAUUGAUGAUAGUGUGAAUUAAAUCUGAAAUCAGAGGAGGAAAGUUGUGUUUUUAACCUUUUGGGGAGUCUGGGCAGCUCAUUUCUAAGGAUUUGUGUAAAAUUUCUCAAACUGCUCUCUGAAGGUUAGACGAAAACCAAUUUAAUUUACAUUUGAUCGAGAAUCUUUGGUAAUUCUGUAUAUUUUUUAAGGAUUAAUUGUUAGAUCUAAUACCUUAAAAAUAACCGUACUCUGUAAACUGUGUUAGUUAAAACAGAUUCAGUUUGAAUCUGCAGUAAUAACCUGAUGAAGUGAAGUUUGUUGAGUUUUUAUUGUUUUAGUUUCCUGAUGUUUAGUUUUGUGAUGUUGGACCGUUUUUAACCAAAUUCUGGAUUUUCAUAGACGACAUUAAAUAAUCACCAUUAACUGAGA